UAGUUUCAGCUGACUGUGAACAUAACAACUACAUAAUAACUGAAAAUCAUGGAUGUUCUAGGAUCCAGCACCCAGUGUAAAGUAAAACAGUGUUCUCAAUGUCAGUGGGGCACAGAAUUCUACUGUAACACGUGUAAACAUGACCUAUGUCUACAGUGUAAAGAGAAGCAUGUUAUAAAUCUCGAUACCAUAUACCAUGAUGUUAUAAUUUAUCGGGAGAAGUUUAAAUACAUCCCAAAACAAGAGAUCUGUGCGAGACAUCCAGAAAAAAUCUAUGAAAUGUUCUGUCACUCAUGUGAACUUCCAGUCUGUUUUCAAUGUAAAGAACACAGAAAUCACAAUAUACUGGAUAUAAGAGUAGCAUAUAAAGCAAACAGACAGCAUUAUAAAGAAAUCAUUCACAACAUCAGAAGUGAGACUCUCUAUAACAACAGUUGUCUUUUGGCAGGAAUCAGAUCUGAUCUAAAAACUUGUCACACAGAAAUCUCCAACAAUCAGACAAAAAUUUUAAUAAAAGCCCAGAAACUAUAUCUAAGUAACGUCAUAGACGCUGUCAUGUGUGAUGUUAAAAUCAGAUGCAAACAAUUUAUUCAAAGUUUACAACAGCAGAGGAUGAAAAUAAUCAGACAUCUUGCCUGUAUAGAAACCUUUGAACACAGAUCUGACCAUUUGGUAAACAGACUAGAAUCCCUUAUAUUCCUAAAGAGAACUCUUGUACAAGGGUUUAAGGACACUCCUAGUCUCACACAAUACGCCCUGGUCUGCUUGAAUGAAGAUAUAAACAAUGAGGCUGUGACUGAUUUACUGGGUGAAAUCCAAAUCAUAGAGACGGGAAAAAGACGAGUG